AUGGGCUGCGACGUGGCUGGGACUGUUAUUGAAGUAGGUUCGAACGUUACCCGCUUUAAGGCCGGGGAUCGCGUACUCGCGUUCGCAACUGGCAUGGAAGAAAAGCACAACACCUCGGUUAUGGGUGGAUAUCAACUUUACACUGUGGUACAAGAGAAUAUGGCGAGCAUGAUCCCGGAUUUGCUCGAGUUUGAGAUGGCAGCUGUCGUGCCGCUGGCCAUGUCUACAGCUGCGUGCGGACUAUUUGAGAGGUCUCAACUUGCCCUGCGCCAUCCGGCUGUUGGUGGAAACUCCGAAAAAAUCAAAGAAAUUCUGAUACUCUGGGGUGGCUCGACGAGCGUUGGCUGUAAUGCCAUUCAACUCGCCGUCGCUGCUGGGUACGAAGUCGUGACAACCUGCUCGCCACGGAAUUUCGAUCUUGUCAAGUCUCUUGGUGCUUCGGCAGCAUUCGACUAUCACUCCGAGACUCUGGUGGAAGAUAUUGUCAAAAAAUGCAAGGGCAGAUUGGUCGCUGGCGCUAUGUCAAUAGGGAAUGGCGGAGCUGAGAGAUGUACUGACAUUCUGGAUGCCUCUAUCCCAGUCAGAAUGUGGACAUUCCUAUCUUUUUUGGUCAGAAUGUGGUUCAAGAAGAGGGCCACGGGAGUACGAUCGAAGUUCGUCUGGGGUGGGAGUCUAGAGUUUAAUGAGGUUAGCAAGGCAGUCUUUGAGGACUAUCUGCCUGAGGCUUUGAGAAGAGGGCAAUAUAUAUGUGCCCCAAACGCUGAGAUUAUUGGAAAUGAGCUAGAAUCCAUCCAGUCUGGAUUAGAUAUGCUGAAGAAGGGUGCAGUGUCGGCGAAGAAGUUGGUAGUCAAAUUCUGA